UCCCUGGCGCUCGGAGCCCGCUCCAGCGCCCGCCCGCCGCGCCGGCGAACAUGAGCGAUCAUGGCCGCCUUCGGGCUGCUCAGCUAUGAGCACCGCCCGCUCAAGCGGCCGCGCCUGGGGCCGCCCGACGUCUACCCGCAGGACCCGCGGCAGAAGGAGGAUGAACUCACUGCAGUGAAUGUAAAGCAAGGCUUCAGUAACCAGCCUGCCUUCUCUGGAGAUGAGCACGGAUCUGCCAGGAACGUUGUCAUCAAUGCCUCCAAGAUUGGUGCUUACUUCAGCAGCAUACUGGCAGAAAAGCUCAAACUGAACACUUUCCAGGACACAGGAAAGAAGAAACCACAAGUAAAUGCCAAAGACAACUACUGGCUGGUUACUGCUCGGUCUCAGAGUGCCAUUCACAACUGGUUCACAGAUUUAGCAGGAAGCAAACCACUGACUCUCUUAGCAAAAAAGGUUCCCAUUCUCAGUAAGAAGGAAGAUGUGUUUGCUUACUUAGCAAAAUACUCUGUGCCUCUGCUGCGAGCAGCCUGGCUGAUCAAAAUGACCUCUGCCUACUACGCUGCCGUCUCCGAGGCCAAAAUCAAGAAGCGCCAGGCCAGCGACCCUAACAUGGAAUGGACUCAGAUUGUAACCAAAUACCUUCGAGAGCAGCUGGCAAAGGUUGCUGAGUUCUACCACCUGACUGCCAGUCAAGGCAGCAGCUCCACAGUGAUGCCUCAAGAGAUGGAACAAGCCCUGAAGCAGUGGGAAUAUAAUGAAAAAUUGUCAUUCUAUAUGUUUCAGGAAGGGAUGCUGGAGAGACAUGAAUAUUUAACAUGGAUAUUGGAUGUUCUGGAAAAAAUCAGACCCACUGAUGAUGACCUUCUCAAGCUCUUGUUGCCACUGAUGCUGCAGUACUCGGAGGAGUUUGUUCAGUCAGCCUACCUGGCCCGCCGCCUCGCCUACUUCUGCGCCCGCCGCCUGGCGCUGCUGCUGGGCGAUGCCCCCAGCCUCCUGGCUGCACAUCCUCCUCAUCUGAUCCUUGGAGCAGGUAACCCUGCCCUGGCAGCCCCCAGCCCCACGGCCCCCGGCGCCGCGGUGAGCCCGCUGCAGUUGGCCUGCUCCGAUUUCCUCUCCUGCCCUCAGCACCGGCCGCUGGUGUAUGGACUCAGCUGUAUGCUGCAGACUGUAACUCUCUGUUGUCCAAGUGCCUUGGUGUGGAACUAUUCCACAAAUGAAAACAGGAGCAUGAAUCCAGGCUCACCUCUGGAUUUACUUCACGUUGCUCCGUCUGGUUUGCCGAUGCCCGGGGGGAACUCGGCGUUUAAUCAGCAGGUUCGGGCAAAGAUUUAUGAGGUAGAACAGCAGAUCAAACAAAGAGGCCGAGCUGUGGAGGUCCGGUGGUCUUUUGACAAGUGCCAAGAAUCAACUGCAGGGGUGACCAUCAGCAGAGUUUUGCACACCUUGGAGGUGCUGGAUCGGCACUGCUUCGACAGGUCGGACUCUAGCAAUUCCAUGGAGACACUCUACCACAAGAUUUUCUGGGCCAACCAAAACAGAGAUACCCAAGAGGGAGCCCCGAACGACGAGGCCGUGGUGACACUGCUCUGUGAAUGGGCUGUGAGCUGCAAAAGGUCUGGUAAGCACAGGGCCAUGGCUGUAGCCAAGCUGCUGGAGAAGAGGCAAGCAGAAAUUGAAGCAGAAAGAUGUGGGGAAGCCGAAGUCCUGGAUGAAAAGGAAUCUCUGUCUUCAGCCUCCUUGACAGGUUCCAGUCUUCCUGUUUUUCAGAAUGUCCUGCUAAGGUUUUUAGAUACACAAGCUCCCUCAUUAUCUGAUCCAAACAGUGACCAUGAGAAGACAGAGUUUGUGAACUUGGUGCUGCUGUUCUCUGAAUUCACCCGGCACGACGUCUUCUCCCACGAUGCCUACAUGUGCACUCUGAUAUCCCGUGGAGACCUGUCCCUCACUGCAGCUCCCAGACCACACUCACCUAAUGGCGAUGUGGUGGAGGAACAUUACUCCAAGGAUCAUGAUGUGAAACUGGAGGACCACACUAUUAUGGAACACAUGGGCCUUGACUCAGGAGCCACCAGUAUUUUUGAUGAUGUAGACAAGAGUGACUUUAAGGCAGAGUUUGGUUCGGAGUUUCCAAUUUUCUCUCCGAUGCCUGGGGAGCCCUGUGAGAAUGUGACCUCCUCCUUAGACAGAAGGAUUUCAGUUGCCAGCGAGAAGUCAGUCAAGAGGGAAAGACUGAGGGAAGUGAUUUUCCCGUCCAAUUACGACCUCCUGCGCCACUUGCAGUACGCAACGCAUUUCCCUAUACCUCUGGAUGAGUCCUCCAGCCACGAGUGCAACCAGCGCAUGGUCCUGCUGUACGGCGUGGGCAAGGAGCGUGACGAAGCCAGGCAUCAGCUGAAGAAGAUCACCAAGGACAUCCUCAAGAUCCUCAACAAGAAGAGCACCACUGAGCUGGGUGUUGGGGAUGAAGGGCAAAAAGCCAGGAAGAUCAAGCAAGAGGCAUUUCCAAGCCUGGAGACUGUGUUCACAAAGCUGCAGCAGCUGUCCUACUUUGAUCAACAUCAAGUGACAUCUCAGAUCUCCAGUAAUGUCCUGGAACAGAUCACAAGCUUUGCCUCGGGAACGUCCUAUCACCUCCCCUUGGCUCACCACAUCCAGCUCAUCUUCGAUCUGAUGGAGCCGGCGCUGAACAUCAAUGGCCUGAUAGACUUUGCCAUACAGCUGCUGAACGAGCUGAGCGUGGUGGAGGCAGAGCUGCUGCUGAAGUCAUCCAGCCUGGCAGGCAGCUACACCACAGGGCUGUGUGUGUGCAUCGUGGCCGUGCUGCGGCGCUACCACGCCUGCCUCAUCCUCAACACCGAGCAGACCGCUCAGGUCUUCGAAGGGCUGUGCGGGGUGGUGAAGCACGUCGUCAACCCCUCCGAGUGCUCCUCCCCAGAAAGGUGCAUUUUAGCUUACCUCUAUGAUCUCUACGUGUCCUGCAGCCACCUGAGGAGCAAGUUUGGAGACCUCUUCAGUAGUGCCUGUUCUAAGGUGAAGCAAACCAUCUACAGCAACCUGCAGCCUUCCAAUUCCAACUUGCUGUGGGACCCAGAGUUCAUGCUGGAUUUCCUGGAGAACCCUUCCACCCACAGCCUCAACUACUCCGUGUUGGGCAAGAUCCUGAGCGAGAACGCAGCCAACCGCUACAGCUUCGUCUGCAACGCCCUGAUGAGCGUCUGUAUGGGGCACCAGGAUGCUGCCAGGAUCAACGACAUAGCCAACCUCUGUGCGGAGCUGACCGCCUGCUGCACGCUGCUUAGCGCCGAGUGGCUGGGGGUGGUGAAAGCCCUUUGCUGCUCUUCAAACCAUGUCUGGGGUUUCAAUGACCUGCUCUGCAGCGUGGAUGUCAGUGACCUGUCCUUCCACGACUCCCUGGCCACCUUCGUCGCCAUCCUGAUCGCCCGGCAGUGCUUCUCCCUGGAGGAUGUGGUCCAGCACGUGGCACUGCCUUCACUUCUGGCAGCUGCCUGUGGAGAUCCAGAUGCUGAGCCUGGGGCGAGGAUGACCUGCCGGCUGCUCCUGCACCUCUUCAGGACACCCCAAGUCUGCCUCUUUCCCCAGGGAGCAGGGAAAUUGUUUCCUGGGAUUCGUUCCUCUUGCGAUCGUCACCUGCUGGCCGCUGCUCACAACAACAUGGAAGUGGGAGCUGUGUUUGCAGUCCUGAAAGCCAUUUUGAUGCUUGGCGACGCCGAAAUCGGCAGCAACAGCGUCGGCUCCUUGAAGGGUGAAGACUUCCCCGUGAGAGGCUUGUUAGGUGAGCUGCAUGAGGAGGAGAUGUGGGGUUCCUCUCAGCCUCUGAAGCCCUGUGGAAAAGCUGUUCCCAUCGAAAGUGCCAGUCUGAGCGAGUACGCUCGCUAUGUGCUGAGAACCAUCUGCCAGCAGGAGUGGGUGGGAGAGCACUGUUUGAAGGAACCUGAGAGGCUCUGCACGGACAAAGACCUGAUUUUGGAUCCUGUUCUUUCCAACAAGCAAGCACAGAAACUCCUCCAGCUUAUCUGCUAUCCUCAUGGCAUUAAGGAGUGCUCCGAGGGUGACAACCCUCAGAGGCAGCACAUCAAACGCAUACUUCAGAACUUAGACCAGUGGACUCUCCGUCAGUCCUGGCUGGAGCUGCAGCUGAUGCUCAAACAGUGCACCAAGGAGCCUGGUUCUGGGGCUGUGGCUGAAAUGAACAGCUUGUUGGAUAAUAUUGCAAAGGCGACAAUAGAGGUGUUUCAGCACUCCGCUGCUCUAAACAAUAACUCUUCUAACUCUGGUAUAGGCCUCUGCAGCCCAAACUCUCUUGGAAAUGCUGACACAAGUAAUACAAGACAGAAUGGUAAAAAGACAUUCCUAAGCUCCUCUGAGCGCCGAGGAGUGUGGCUGGUGGCUCCCUUGAUUGCCAAGCUGCCUACCUCUGUCCAAGGCAGGGUCUUGAAAGCUGCAGGGGAGGAGCUGGAGAAAGGUCAGCAUUUGGGGUCCUCCUCUAAGAAGGAAAGAGACAGACAGAAGCAAAAAAGCAUGUCUCUCUUGAGCCAGCAGCCUUUCCUCUCCCUGGUACUCACUUGCCUUAAGGGACAGGAUGAGCAGCGGGAAGGGCUCCUAACAUCCCUGCAGAACCAAGUGAAUCAGAUCCUCAGUAACUGGCGGGAAGAGCGGUGCCAGGACGAUGUUAAAGCCAGGCAGAUGAUGCAUGAAGCCCUACAGCUGCGCCUGAACUUGGUGGGGGGCAUGUUUGAUACCGUGCAGAGGAGCAGCCAGUGGACCACUGACUGGGCACUCCUGCUCCUCCAGAUCAUCACUUCAGGAACUGUGGACAUGCAGACCAGCAAUGAGCUGUUCACCACCGUGCUGGACAUGCUGGGGGUCCUCAUCAACGGGACGCUGGCCUCGGACUUGUCCAACGCUUCCCAGGGAGGGCCUGAGGAAAACAAAAGAGCUUACAUGAACCUGGUGAAAAAAUUAAAGAAGGAGCUGGGGGACAAGCGGUCGGAGAGCAUCGACAGGGUGCGGCAGCUGCUGCCCCUGCCCAAGCAGACGUGCGACAUCAUCGCCUGCGAGCCCAUGGGCUCCCUGAUCGACACCAAGGGCAACAAGAUCGCAGGCUUCGACUCCAUUGACAAGAAACAGGGCCUUCAGGUUUCCACAAAACAAAAGGUGUCCCCAUGGGAUUUAGUUGAAGGUCACAAAACCCCUGCUCCUCUCUCCUGGGGCUGGUUUGGUACCGUUCGUGUCGACAGGAAGGUGAUCAAGUACGAGGAGCAGCAGCAUCUCCUCCUCUACCACACACACCCCAAGCCCAAGCCAAGGAGUUACUACCUCGAGCCCUUGCCCCUUCCUCCAGAGGAGGAGGAGGAGGAGGAAGAGCCCACCACACCUGUGUCUCAGGAACCAGAAAGGAAGUUAGGAGAGCUCUCUGACCAGGGCAAACACACUGCUGAUGAUGAGAAGAAGGCAAAGGGCAGGAAGCGGAAGUCAAAGGCAAGCUCCAGGGCUGAUGAAUACCCCCAGGGCAGCCUCUACAGAGUGCCUCCCACCUACUCACCGCUCUCCUCCCCGAUGCUGCCCCAUCCUCAGCCUGCCCUGUGGGGCUACAGCGUCCUGGGGCAGCCACCACAGCCCAGCUUCUUCGGGCAGGGCCAGCCCCUGCACACAGGUGGCUCCAGGCUGGAUGCAGCAGGCUCCUUUGUCCCAUCCCACACCAAGCAGGCCCUGUCCAACCUGCUGCAGCGGCGCUCGGGCACCCUGCUGCAGCCCCCCUCCAUCCAUGCAGUCGCCCCCCAGCAGCAGCUGCUGCAGAUGAAGCUCCUGCAGCAAGAACAGCAGCAGCAGCGGCUCCUCAGGCAGCAGGCACAGCCACAGCCACUCCAGCAGGGGCAGCUGAUGGACCAGGCUGCUAUUUUCUCUGCCCAAGUUCGCCCCCAGUCGCAGCUCCCGCAGUACCCAGGGCUGCAGCAAGCACAGAGCCUGCCCCACGGCUACACCAUGUACAGCACGCCCAUGCCUUUGCAGCAGCAGCAGCAGCCGCCUGGGGCCCUGGUGCUGCCGCCCAGCUACACCCCCAGGACCUACCCUGCGGCCCACCCCAGCCCCUCGCUGAUGGAGCGGCUGCGGCAGAUGCAGCCCGGAGGCUACCUCCCGCAGCAGGCUGCUGCCUACGCCCCGCGCCUGAGCCACCAGCCCUUGCAGCAGAGUGCCCUGGUUGGGGGAGGCCUGGAUGGGACACCCACAGCAGGUCCUCACCCAGCCCUGAGCUCGGUUCCGCUGCCACCAGAGCCAGCAAGGCAGAGGCAGCAGCAGAUGCGACAGCAGAGGCUCCUCCAGUUGCAGCAGCAGCAGCAGCCUGGGCAGCAGCAGACUCUUGGUCUCCAGCCUGUGCAACCACAGCAGCCUUUGUUCCCAAGGCAAGGCUUGCAGCAGACCCAGCAGCAGCAGCAGACGGCGGCGCUGGUCCGGCAGCUGCAGAAGCAGCUCUCUAGUAACCAGCCCCAGCCAGGGGGCAGCCAGUACGGGCACCCAUCACACUUCUGAGCAGAGAUGGAGGGCAGCUCUCCCCUUGGCCCUGAGGAACAGCACCCUGGGGAGCCAGUGCAGUGGGCAUUGCUGGGAAGCAGGCUUGGCUUUCCUCCUCCCCUGGUUUCAGUCAUUAUUUUUUGUGCUGCUGUUGAUGUGAGUAUGUGACA